UCUCUGCGCUUUCUCUGAAAGCUCGUUUCGUGAUCGCCUCUCAGUUUCGCUUGCGACGCAGUCGGAAAUGGAUGAGUCGCUACUCGGACUUCAGGUUUCGCUGCUGCUGAUGCUUUUGGCCAGUGUUUGCGCCGAAUUCUGCGACAAUGGAACAGGCGAGUGCAAGGAACUAACUGCCACCGAUUGUCCCGUGAUAUUCUACAAUCAGCACUUGAUUGGCCCUGACAUCAAGUACUGUGACGAGUUCAACGAUAUCGUGUGCUGUCCAAUACCGCUGGAUCACCAGAACGUGAAGCCGGCCGAUGAAACGAGACCGUUUGAGCGGGAGUGCAAGCGUUUCAAUGAGGCACGCGCCUCCUGCCGCUCCACGCCCUUCAUUGUGGGCGGAUCGAAGGCGGCUGGCCAGGAGUUCCCCUUCAUGGCGCUGAUUGGCACAAGGGAGAGCGACAAGGCCGACAUCAACUGGGACUGCGGCGGGGCUCUGGUGCAUCCCAGAUUCGUGCUCACAGCGGCUCAUUGUCUGGAAACCAGCGAAUCAAAGGCCGAGCGUCUGGAUCCCGACUUUGACUCACCUAAAUUUGUGGUGCGUCUCGGGGAGCUGGACUACAACAGCACCACAGACGAUGCCCAGGUGCAGGACUUUCGAGUGGUCAAUUAUGUGGUGCACCCGGCGUACGAUGACGAGGAUGGCUUUAAGAACGACAUUGCCCUCGUAGAGCUGGACAAGGCGGCAGUCUUUAACGAGCAUGUGGCACCCGCUUGUCUGCCGCCCAGCAGCGGCAACGAGAACAGUCAGCUGACUGCCGCCGGCUGGGGAUUCACUUCCGACAAGGGCCUGAAAUCGUCGCACCUGCUGAAGGUCACACUGCAGCGCUUCAGCGACGAUCAGUGCGUGGAGCGACUCCAGCAGGGUAUCGAGACGCGCACCCAGUUCUGCGCCGGAUCGCUCACCAGCAAUGCGGACACCUGCAACGGUGACUCGGGCGGACCCAUCUUUGUGCAGCAUCCACUCUACUCCUGCCUCAAACAAGUGUUUGGCAUCGUCUCCUAUGGCCUGGUGUGCGGCACCCAGGGUCUGCCGAGUGUCUACACUAAGGUUCACCUCUUCACCGACUGGAUCGAGGGCAUUGUGUGGUCCGAUUAAGUGGUUUACUCUAAGAAUCUCGUGUGCUGCUACAAAUAAUGUACAAAUCGAUGUUUAUUCAACUA